AUGGGCACAAACGGAGGGAGCGGGGUAGGCGGCGGUGCUGCACACGACACGGGCGGCAUCAUGGGGCCCGGCGCAAAUCAGCUGCCUGCCACAGAGUACACUCUCCAAGGCGUCAUGCGCUUUCUCCAAACUGAAUGGCACCGGCACGAACGCGACCGAAAUGCCUGGGAGAUCGAAAAGCAGGAGAUGAAGAGCAGGAUAGCCAAUCUGGAGGGGCAGGCGCGGAGGGCGGACGCGACCCAGAAGGCAUUGAAAAAGUAUGUCACUAUACUCGAGAAAAAGGUCAAGGACCAGGCUGCACUGCUCAAGUCGGGCAAGACGCCCGAGACUGAGCCCAAGCUUGAUCGUGCUGCAUUGCUUCAGGAGAAGCUGCGCCGUGAGUUCCCCAAUCCCUGUUACGUCCGACAUGUCAUGCUGAUCGACGGAGCUGGCUAUGCAGCAUCAUCGGAGAAACUCGCCGGUUCCUUGGCCGAGUCUGCUCUCGAGGCCGGGCUUGCAGACGAGGAGGCUGCGCGCAAUGACCUCAAAACGUUCCUCGACCAGUGCCAGGCCGAGUUCACGUACCUAAUGAUUACGCCCGCGAAUCCAAUACCCCCAAGGGAGUCUCCACCUCUGCCCGUCAUGGAAGACUUGCGAGAAGGAGAGGCGUUUGGCCAGUCAAUGUUGGAUCAGUCAUACCAGCAAGGCAUGCGCCGGCACCAAAAUCUAGCCCGCGACAUGCUCACUGCCCAAACCCAGCCUGCUCCGGUCCCAAACCACCACCCCCCAGGGCCCCCAGGGCCCCCAGGCCCAGUGAGCUUCCCUGCUAAACCGCUCGAUAUCCAGGCGCCGCCAAUGGUGCGCACGUCGAAUCCUGAGCACAACGCCAUGGCGUAUGGCAGCACCAAUGACGCUGAGUGGGUUACCGUGCCUGAACCUGGGAAGGCAGUGGCCGAACCGAUUCCCGGACCAGCCAAUCCUCCGAAGCAUUUCAACAAGACCGAAGAUAAAGGAGAAGCUGCCGAGAAGCGUGGUGUGGCUGAGACGGGUAGCUGGGAUUUCAACGAUGCCAACUUCCCAGAUACUGCGGCCCCAACUCAGCCUCAGCAGCUGUCGUCCAACCGGCCCGACACCGACGUGUUCCCUACUGCUGAAAACAUUCCACGAUCACCUCACCGUGCCCCUCUUGCGCAUCGAAGAAAGAGCUCAAGCUCCAUGUCCCGGAGGAGGAGUGCGGAACACGAACUCUCGCUCCACGCACUGGGCCAAAAAGCGGAGAACACAAACUUCAAGCUCAGAUUCGGCCUCCGCGGCCACCUGGACACGGUUCGCACCGUAAUUUUCUCGGGCGGUGGCAGCCCUGGGGAGCCUGAGAUCUGCACGGCAGGAGAUGACGGGAUGAUCAAACGGUUCCACAUACCGGACCGACAUCCCGGACAUGUGGGGGCAAGCAGCUCUGAUCUUGACGUCAUCGCCGACUUCACGCACCGCGGCCACACGGGAGCAGUGCUAUCGCUGACCUCUUGGUCGCCGUCUCCGAACUUCUCCACGGGCGGCCGAGCGCAGGGCGACGGCUGGAUCUUCUCGGGCGGACAAGAUGCAACGAUUCGGGUCUGGGAACGGGGUCGCGUAGACCCGAAAGCCACCCUGGACGGUCACACGGAUGCAGUCUGGGCUCUCUGCGUUCUCCCAACCAAUCUUGGCGCAAUCUUUGGUCAGUCAAACACGUAUGGGCCGCCGGAUCGCAUCCUUUUGGUGUCGGGUGCCGCAGAUGGCACCGUCAAGAUCUGGGCAGUCAGCGCGCCUCCGCAGCUUACCUCCCCGCAGCCUAGCGGGGGCCGGCGCGGCCCCGGCGGUCGGGUGCGGGGUAAUUCUAUGAGCUCCGGCUCUGCGUUUCCCAGCUCGCCGCAGCCCACGACGGCCUCAAACUCACCUUUUCAUCACACGCUGAUACACACCAUUUCGCGUCCGAACUCGAAGGCAAGCCCGACGUGCAUCACUCCGCUCAGCCCGAAUGGUGAGGCGUUUGUGGUCAGCUACUCGGAUGCGGCCAUCAUAGUCUACGACACGCGCUCGGGAGAGGAAAUCGGGUCCAUGGCAAGCCUGGAAACGUACGACGGCACCGUGGGAACGAGCGUGAACGCGGUCGUGGCUACAACGGUCGGCCUCGAUCAGCCCCAUCAAGGUCUGAACGAGGAAGACGCUGGCAGUGGAGGAGGACCCACCGGAGGCGGUCGCGCCAUGGCUGGGUCUGGAGUUGAGGGUGUCAUUAUCUCAGGCCAUGAGGACUGCUACGUCAGAUUCUUUGAUGCCAACAGCGGUCAAUGCACAUACAACAUGGUCGCUCAUCCGGCGUCCAUCUCCAGCCUUUCGCUCAGCCCUGAUGGCCGGGAGCUAGUCAGUGCGGGCCAUGACGCCUCGCUGCGGUUCUGGUCGCUCGAGAAGCGAUCCUGCACGCAGGAGAUUACAAGCCACCGCGUCAUGCGCGGUGAGGGUGUCUGUGCCGUUGUCUGGAGUCAGGACGGCCGGUGGGUUGUCAGCGGCGGUGGAGACGGUGUGGUCAAGGUGUUUGCGCGGUAG